AUGUAUAUCGACCUCUCCAAUCUCGACAGACGGGCAGCACCCCCUCCCGAGGAUCCAGAUGACUGGAGUCUCUACUUCUACGACCCGUCCCUCGCCGCGGCCGUAGUCUUCGCCGCAAUUUAUCUUGGUACCUUCUUCUACCACCUCUACAUCUCCUACCAUGCCUAUCGAAAUGACAAAUACUUCCGCUUCAGCUACUCUGUUCCCCUCCUCAUCGCCGCCCUGGCCGAAGUCAAUGGCUACGGCCAACGUGCCGGAUCCACGCAAGCGCACCAGGAUAUCGGCCUCUUCUCAACCUCGCAGACGAUGAUUGUGCUUGCUCCGGUGUUCGUCUGUGCUUCGCUAUACAUCCUGCUCAGCCGCAUCAUCCGCGCCGUCCAGCCCGAAGGGAUCGACGAGAAGGAAAUCCGGGUUCUAAACGGCUGGAUCAAAGUGAUUUGGCUACCCAAGAUCUUCGUCACCCUAGAUAUCCUCUCUAUGCUGACGCAAGGCGGUGGAAGUGGAAUUUCGGCUUCGGGUGAAUGGGAGGGCACAUUGCUGGAUAUCGGGAUUGGUGUCCUCAUCGGUGGAUUGGCGCUGCAGCUCGCGACGUUUACCGUCUUCCUUAUUGUCGUGAUUAAGUUCCAUGUCACCUCGAGCCGCCGUGGACCAAAGCUGGAAGACGGCAUGGUAAAAGUCAUACGUGGUAUCUACAUCGCGGGAUUUUUCAUCAUGGUCCGAUCCAUCUUCCGCCUCAUCGAAUUCGCGUGGGGCACCGAGUCCUACAUCAUGACAAAUGAAUGGCCCAUCUACGUCCUCGAAGCUGUCCCCAUGUUCAUCGCCUUCAUGGUCCUGGGUUGGUACCACCCAUCCCGAUGGUUGCCAGCGAAUCUUGCCGGGGAGUCGAAGGGACGUGCAUGGUUGUACAACCACCGGACGCGGAAUCUGCCAGAAGACGUGAGGAUGAGGGAGAGGUCCAGGUCCCGGCGCAGGGAGAGAAAGCGUCAUCAGAAUCUACCCAGUGUGUAG